UUUGCUCACCACUUCCUUAAGAGGCUGUGAAACCAGAGGAGUCUCGCAGCCUUACGCUUGUUCUUCAGCUUCUUUGGCCGUUCUCUCCCACCAUGCCCGAGCCGGCCAAGUCCGCGCCCGCCCCGAAGAAGGGCUCCAAGAAGGCCGUGACCAAGGCCCAGAAGAAGGACGGCAAGAAGCGCAAGCGCAGCCGCAAGGAGAGCUACUCGGUGUACGUGUACAAGGUGCUCAAGCAGGUGCAUCCGGACACGGGCAUCUCGUCCAAGGCCAUGGGCAUCAUGAACUCCUUCGUGAACGACAUCUUCGAGCGCAUCGCGGGCGAGGCGUCGCGCCUGGCGCAUUACAACAAGCGCUCGACCAUCACGUCCCGGGAGAUCCAGACGGCUGUGCGCCUGCUGCUGCCUGGGGAGCUGGCCAAGCACGCGGUGUCCGAGGGCACCAAGGCCGUCACCAAAUACACCAGCGCCAAGUAGUGCCUGCUGCAGGCACCUCUUAGUCCAAAGGCUCUUUUCAGAGCCACCUAUGUUCUCAUAGAGAGCUGCUGCUGAGUUGGCCUCCGGUGCUGCGCCCCGUAAGUCGUUUAGUCUGCGAAGUCGGGCAACAAUCCUUUGAGAAGUGGCUCGCUUAAGGUAAGCUCGGGGUCAACUAACCACAGAACAGUUACAAUAUCCUUUCAAAUGUCUAGAACUCCAUUGUGUAAGAACUCCUUUAGCUUCCCAGUACCGUUUAGGAGCUUACAUUUAAUUGGGCUCUGCCACCCUUUCUCAAGGCUAAGGCAAGAACGGGAAAUGUUAGACUCCAAGCAAAUUCAACUACGCCCGAAUCACCGAACUGAAAUAAGGUUGGACCCUGCCGGGCCCGAGGCGCGGGCAGUUUGAAUUCGCCCUGGCGCCUGCGCUCUGCGCCCGCGGGGGCCCCGCCCUCCGGGAAGCCCCACUUGGGGUGCUGGAGGCACCGGGCUCGCCGCCUGAUAAGCACUGUCUGGUAGUCUAUCCUGCUUGUCAUUUACUUUUCUUUAACAUUGUGUCGCAUUCGGCAGUAGUUUUAUUUCCUCUUGAAUUUUUUUGCUGGAGAGGAAGUUAUUGAAGGAUAUAACUGCCAGACUGAAAAAUACCAGUGCCUGACAUUAAUUAGGAAUAUUGCUUUCCUUUUGCCGUAUUUUCGUAUGUUGAACAUUGCAAGACAAAACACGAAUACUUAGGGACCAAAGAAGGCAAAAAUGCUUGAAACUAUUUAUCCCGGAGUCCUCUGGAGUAAAAAUCCAUUUUCUAUUUUAAAGUUCCUUUGGCUAGUGAAGGGUAUUGAAAGGCCAGAAGAAAAUAGUUAUAUCAGAAGCAGCAUUUGAAAUGAAAAGCCAGAAAAUAAAUGGCAGAUUUAGCUAGUCAAAGGAUAUGGUUUCAAUUUCUAGGGAAAAACCGCGGGCAAAAAGAGGUUCCAUAGAAGGUUGCCUUACAUGGUGAUCUGAACGUAAUUUCCGAAUUGGUCACAUUAUGUUGGGUAGUCAGGCCCCAGGCCUGUAAUCCUUUAGUAAAAUACUUAUUUUUGCCUUAAUCUUUGUCCAUUGCUUCUAUGCAUAUAGGUUAACACACCUUUAAAAUGUCUCUUUCCAGGCUCCUCCCAAGGUAAGCACCCUUAAGAGAACAAAUAAUCUUUAAAAGUAUAUUUUAUCCCUUAUGCUACUACAGUUGUCCUGACAUUAAGCCCUUUGCCCUCCUCCACCCAGCACCCCCCACUCCCUCAGGCAAUUCCCCCCACUAUUGUUCAAAUCAUCUUAACUAGCCUAUAAUCCAGUUCCUGCCUUGCUUUCUCCCACUCCCGCGUAAUCUCUUGUUCCCACCUUAAUUUAAAAUGCUUAAAAAGAAACUGCGGAACUGUUGUGCCUGGAGCAUAUGAGAUCUUGCUUCCCUGCAUAUGUCGUCAGUCUAGCUCGAAUAAAAAGUUCUAAAAAGUUCUCUAUAGGUUUGGGUCUUAUGUUGACAGCCCUUUGACUUAAAAUUUUAAAAAGUGUAUUGGGUUACACUAGAUAACAAAGUGAUACAUUUCAGGGGUAAAAAUUCUAUAAUACAUCACCUGUAGAUUAUGUGUUCAUCACCCCAAGUCUUGAUUUAAAUUUGAAUGGAAAAUAUCAGUAUGAUCUUAGUACACAUUUUUCCCCUAACAUGUUUCAUAGGAAAGGCCUACAAGCAAUGAAUUCAUUAAGAGAGGAUUCCCAUCAUGUAGAUUAUAGUUUCUCAACUCCUUUUCCAAAGAGUAAACUCUGCUUGGAGGUUUGGGUUAAAUGUUAUGAAUUAAAGUAUAUUUAAGAGACACAGCAACUAAGGUAGAUCUAAUGGAAUCCUAAUUCAGACAACAUUGUUGUAAGUAUUUGAGGCGUUUGAGAAUUUUUUAAAGGACUACAUAUUGCAUGAUGUUACAAAACAUUUAAACAUUUUCUUAGGCGUGAAAAACUUGUAUUUUGUUUAGGUCUGUGUAUGUUAGGACAUUCGUAAAAGCAGCCGUGGUUGAAAUGACAUGCUUGUGAUUUUUUUACACUGCCCCCAUCCUGCCCAAAGUAGGGAAGAGAGUGAAGCAAUAAGUGAAAUGUUGGCCAGUGUUGAAGCUUGCGUGCUGGGCACUUGGAGGGUAAUACCGAGAAGAAUCAAGUGUUGGCAGAAAUUCCGAGUCUGAACUAAGGGAGUAAGAGAGGCCUCCGCACAGGAGACGAUCCCAGCCACAGACCCCUCCCUCCUCGCCAGGAGGAGGACGCUAUCGCCAUCUGGUGGCCCUUUAUGGGAAUACAGCCAAAAUUUGGCUCUGUUAGAGUUUCUGUUAGGCAGUCUGUUGCUGGGGUUUAAUAAUUACUCAUAUAAAGAAUACAAUGAACAAUCUGGUUCUC